GGCACUCUUCCACGCAAGCGGUUCUAGGAAUUCGCCUGCUUGCCACCUCGCGUCCUUUGACUUCUUUUCUAGCUAUCACCUACUGCACUUCCCCCUGCGUCCCGCUCUCUCCUAGCCGACCCAGGGCUGGAGAGCACAGCUUUGGCUGGCAAAGGUUAUUCUCAUUUUGUAGAAGAGAAAACUAAUGCUCACUGUGGCUAAGAGGUGUCCAUGUCAGGUGUCUCCCAAGACUAAGAACGGCUUAUGAGAAGUUGUUGUGGACGCCACUUAUAAACCCAUUUACCAAAUUUAUGGAGAAAUCUGCAAUUGAUGGAAGUCAUUCAGAAAAACUAUGUCCUCAUUUUAAAAGUACCCCAGAGAAUGAACGUUUAUUGCAGCCUGCCAGUGAAAGUCAUCUCAGCUGUGGAAAGCAGGACAUCCUAAAUGAAAAGACUGAACUGGAAGCAACAUUUAAGGAACCUGAAUUGGCAACCUGUUCUGUAGAAUUAUUUUUGCCAUUAUUUAAGGAUACCGUUGAAGAGAUUAGUUUUGAAAAUGCUAAUCUUUUUGCAUUCAAUUUGAAGAUUGCUAAACAGAAGGAAAAAUUAACAAAAGAAUUAGACACUUUUAAACAUGUAAAACAAGCUUUAGAACAUCUUCUUAGAAAGACAGAAUACCAACAAGUAGAGGACAGUUUAUCCAGCAUGUUAGAGAAGCUAACUGAUAAUGAAAAUGAAAAUACUAAUCUUAAGAAGAAGCUACUUGAAAAGGAGACCUAUAUUCAAGAACUUUCUUGUUUGUUUCAGAAUGAAAAGGCAAAUGCUUUGAAAGCAAACCGUUUUUCACAAUCAGUAAAAGUAGUACAUGAACGACUACAGCUCCAAAUUCGUAAAAAGGAAGCAGAGAAUGAUAAAUUAAAAGAAUAUAUAAAGAGCUUAGAAACCAAGAUAACUGAAUGGAACUUAGAACUGAGAAAGAAUAAGCAUGAAGCUGUAGCAAUGAAAGAAUCAAGUAGGCAAAAAACUAUAGCUCUAAAAAAGGCAUCUAAAAUUUACAAACAAAGGCUUAAACACUUUACUGGAGACAUGGAAAACCUUACUUCCCAAAUUAGAGAUCGGGAAGCCAAGCUGUCCGAAACAAUUUCAGCUUCCAAUACCUGGAAAAGUCAUUAUGAGAAAAUUGUAAUAGAAAAAACUGAAUUGGAAGUUCAGAUUGAAACAAUGAAAAAGCAAAUUACUAAUCUUUUGGAAGACCUGAAGAAAGUAGAAGACGUUGGUAAAAAUUCAUGUGAAGAAAUUCUUAGAAAACUUCACUCAGUUGAAUAUGAAAAUGAAACUCUGAAUCUUGAGAAUACAAAAUUAAAGACUACCCUUGCUGCUUUGAAGGAUGAGGUUGUUUCUGUUGAAAAUGAACUCUUAGAAUUGCAAGAAGUAGAAAAACAACAGAAAGCCCUUAUUGAAGUAUAUAAAACUCAGAUACAAAAGUUGCAAGAAGCAGCUGAAAUGGUGAAAAGCAGAUGUGAAAAUUUGCUACAUGAAAAUAACCUAAUAACAAAAAACAAAAAUAAAAAGUUAGAGAAGAUGAGAGGCCAGACGGAGUCUCAUCUGAAGGAGUUAGAGCACGUCCGCGAUUCGGUGACGGCGGCGGAAUGGAGGCUUCACGAGUGUCAGGAGAGUGUGCAGCACUACAGGGAGAGAUGUGCGGACAAGGUGCACACUGUUAGGGAGCUUCAGGGCCAGGUUGAUGGAAAUCGUAAUCUUCUAAAAAAGCUUUCUUUGGAAGAGGAAAAUUAUCUUAUUCAGUUGAAGUGUGAAAACCUUAAACAAAAAUUAGAACAGAUGGAUGCAGAAAAUAAAGAGCUUGAAAAGAAACUGGCAAACCAAGAAGAAUGUCUUAAGCACAGCAAUCUUAAAUUUGAAGAGAAAUCUGCAGAACAUACAGCAUUGGCCAGACAGCUGGAAGCUGCUUUAGAAGAAGGAAGACAAAAGGUUUCUGAAGAAAUAGAGAAAAUGUCAUCUAGAGAGAGGGCUUUACAGAUUAAAAUAUUAGAUCUGGAAACUGAGCUUAGAAAGAAAAAUGAAGAACAAAGUCAACUUGUUUGCAAAAUGAACAGUAAAGCACAACACCAGGAAGUAUGUUUGAAAGAAAUACAACAUAGUCUUGAAAAGUCGGAGAAUCAAAAUGAGAGUAUUAAGAAUUAUUUACAGUUUCUUAAAACUUCUUAUGUAACAAUGUUUGGAUAAAUUGUUGGAUUUAUUUUCUAUAAGCGAUAGGAUUUUACUUUAAGUCUAAAACAUGAUUGGGUAAUAAAUAAACUUUAAUUUACGGGUGGGAGUAGUAGAGUUUUUAUGUACAUUUUUAAAAUAUAAUUUAUUAUCCAAUUGCAACUUUAAGAUAUAGAUGUCAGUAUUCCUUUUUGCCAGAUAAUUUCCACUUAGCUCUAGUUUAAUUUAAUACUUAUUUAAAUGAUACUGGUUUUUAGAAUGUUUUUCACGUACACAAAAGAAACCAGAAUCUUGUUUAUAGCCACCAUUUAAGUGAAUUUGUAAUAAAGCUAGGCUGAUUAUGAGCCAAAUACAUGAUUUUGAAUAACCCAUAUAGUUUGUUUUACAUUGUGGCGCUAUAUAUAUAUAAAAUCAAGGAAAAUAUUCUGGAUAUUAAUUUUUAAAAAUGGUAUAAUUACAUACUUUCUAAAGAUUCCAAAUGUCUCAAUGUACUUAAUACUGUUUCAAGUAUGAUGCGAUUCUAAUUUCUGUGAGGCUUUUAAUAUAGAAUUUUAAAUUAUAGCUAUUAAAUGCCAACUGAUGGUGACAGAUGAAAACAUGUUGUCCCGCACUGUUUCUUUAUAAAGAAUGGGCAUUUGGACUCUCCUGUGAAUUCAGUCUCUUUUGUGUUUAAUUUUUUAUUAGUGAUUGUCUGGUGUUAUCAGUGUAAACAUUCUAAAGCCCCCUGAGUUUACUAAAAGAUUACAGGGGAACAACUUGUCCCACCCCUUCCUAUAGACAGCUCCCUUGGGAUGAUCAAAAUAAGCACUCUUAAUGCCAGGAAGCUUUAGGAUAAGGUCUUUAUUAUUGUGAUGACAUAGAAGAGAUACCAAGAGCUUGUUCCCACUUUAAUCCCCCACUCUAUAUGCCAAGGCAGGACGCUCUCAAAGGGGACCGAUGUAGUCAACAAGGAAUCCAGUAAUAGUAGCUCCUCUCAGACAAUGGCUUGAGAGCUGUUUAUUCAAAGGACACUCAUGUCUCAAAAGAUCAUUCAGAGAGGCAAAUUGUCUACUACAUGGUCCAGCCUCUGGACAGAGGAGUCUCCCCGAGAUGUUUUAUCCUCUUCUCUGACCAGAAAUGUGAUUCUGCUUUUCUCCGGUCUCCCUCAGUCCUAAGACUGCCAUAUGGUCUACAGGAGUUACUUGCCAAUGACCCGACUGCUCGAUAGUAUUUUUCUUAAAAUACCACAACACAGUAAUUUCAGGACCUGGCCACAUUUUUUGCCCAACAAUUGCUAACAACAUUAAAGUUGCCUUUUUUUUUUUUUUUUUUUUUUAAAUCAUAGUACUUUUGCUAAAACGCAUACUUACCCUUUGUGGUCCUUUCUUCACCUCCUAAAACAAAGGGAGCUUUAAGAAAUGCUCACAUGAAAGGAAACUAAGGUUCCUGAGUAUGGUUCACUAGACUACGAGCUCACUAGACUGUGAGCUCUUACUCAGAUUUUUAUUCCAGCCACUAGACAAUAGCUGGUGUAUAGUAAAUGCUCAGGUGAUGUUUGUGGAUAGACAGAUGGGUGUUGAAAGAGAAAAGUAUUCAUAUUCCUGUUUUACAUUUGAAAAAAAUGUAAGCAUAGAAGGAUUAAGUACCGUGGCUGUGGUAUAAAACUCUUAACUUUUAAAGUUGGCAGCUGAGCUCAACUCUUCUGAUUCUGAAGUUAAGGUUCUACGUACGGUGCUGUUUUCCUGUCGCAAGCAAUGGUGGCAGCAGCAGCACGGCUAUUAUUCACCGAGUGUUUGCUAUGUGCCAGACAAAGCUCCCGGUGCCGAGCAUGUACUAGCUCAUUGAAUCUUUUCAUUUAACACGUAGGUGCUAUUGACUCCAUUUAUUUUUCAGGAAACCAAAACACAAAAAGGUUUCUUGCCCAAGAUCACAGAGCUAGUAAGUGGCAGGCAUCCAGAGUCUCUGCUCUUAACUAUGACCAUACUACCUUCAUAUACAUGUCAUAAAUAAAAGUAAGGGUUUCUUUUAACAAUCAUGCAUUUACCUUAUCUAUGAAUAUUUUCUUUUUAUUAUACUUCUAAUUUUUACCAAAGUAGUUUGGGCAUAUAACAUUUAAAAAUUAGUACCUACAGGGAUGCCUGGGUGGCUCAGUCAAGUAAACGUCCAACUCUUGAUUUCAGCUCAGGUCAUGAUCUCAGAGUUCGUGAAUUUGAGCCCUGCAUCAGGCUCUGUGCUGACAGUGCGGAGGCUGUUUGGAAUCUUCUUUCUCCCCCUUUUGUCCCUCCCCGCUAAUGCUCUUGCAUGCUCUCUC